AUGCCGGCGCCCGGCGCCGCUGCCGCCUGCGGGGACGGCCGGGACGAGGCGGGCCGGUGCCUGAGCCCCGCGGGGCGGCUGGCGGCCGCCGUGUGCCUGGGCGCCGUGGGCAGCCUGGGCUUCUGCAGCAACCUGCUGGUGCUGCUGCUCUUCUGGCGCUUCCGGGCGCUGCGCUCCCCCAUCAACCUGCUGCUGCUCAACAUCGCGCUCAGCGACCUGCUGGGCUGCGCCCUGGGCACCCCGCUCGGGCUGACCGCGGGGGCCGCCGCCGCACCGGGGGCCGCCUGCGCCUGGCACGGCUUCGCCACCGCCCUCUGCGGCAUCAUCUCGCUCGUCUCCCUGGCUGUGCUUUCGUACGAGCGUUACUGCACUAUGACGAGAACAACAGAGGCUGACACCACAAACUACAGGAAAACAUGGGCAGGCAUCAUCCUGUCCUGGACAUACUCCUUGCUCUGGACUGUUCCCCCACUUUUUGGCUGGAGCAGCUAUGGGCCAGAAGGACCAGGAAUAACCUGCUCUGUGAACUGGCAUUCCAAGGAUGCCAACAACGCAUCCUACAUCGUCUGUCUUUUCGUCUUUUGCCUCGUAAUCCCUUUUGCCAUCAUUGUCUAUUCAUAUGGGAAGCUGCUCUGUGCUGUGAGACAGGGGAGCAGCAUCAACAAGGGGCUGGGCCGGAGCCGGGAGCAGCGCAUCCUGGUCAUGGUGGUGGUGAUGGUGGUUUGCUUCCUCCUCUGCUGGCUGCCCUAUGCAGCUGUGGCACUCAUAGCUACCUUUGGGAAGCCUGGGCUCAUCACCCCUGCAGCCAGCAUCAUCCCAGCCAUCCUUGCCAAGAGCAGCACCGUCUACAACCCCAUCAUCUACAUAUUUCUGAACAAACAGUUUUACAGGUGCUUUGUGGCACUUCUGAGAUGCAACAAAUCCACCGAGAGUUCCACCAGGGCCUUGCCCAGGCCCUGCCGUGCCCUGCAGCGGGGACAGGGUGGUGUUGGCCCUGCAGGGACUGUCCUGGCUGGGCAACCCCUGGCUGGGUAACCCUUGGCCAAGAGCCAGUGCCCAGCACCGGGGGACACCGUGGCAGCUGCAGGAGCCGUGCCCAAGGCUCGCUGUGGCACCUGAGCGGGGCUGCCAGGCCAGCAGCCCUGCCGGCCACUGCCUUUGGGACCUCCCGGCCUCACAGUAGAGUUCUGUCAGAUAACUUCAGUUUGCAGCUGCAUUGCUAAUGGAGAAUUGCCCCUCUGCUCCUUCAGAGGCUGGUUUCACCAAUAAACCAUUGAUCUGCUUAGCAAAGGCUCUUUCUCAAUCAAAUAAUAGGAGUUUUAUGGGAGUUUUGGAAGGAAACAAAAACCCACAGAUGCCUGUAGGAAAAAGGUUAAAAAAGCAACAACAAAACCCAGGUUCUAAAGCCCUUCUGCCAAAGCCCAACCAAACCCACCCACCACAAAACAGAGAUCCAGAGCAUGGUGCUGUAUGACAGCCAUAAGAAACAACCUGCAUUUGAAGAGAGGAGGCAAACAGGCUCUCCAGGAGGGAAUGAUCAACUUGCAGAUGGUCCCUCUCUCCCUGGUUUGGAUUAUGCUCCUCCAUAAAUUCUCACAUUGCUUUUCAAUACAAACCUGAAUAGAUUAUGAAGAACUGUGCAGUUACAAAGAAAAGCUCUAAUAAAAUUUAAAGUGCAUAUAUUGAUUAUGUUCCAAAGUCUAGAAAUUGCAGUUGAAGCUAAAGAAAGUAAGUCUUUUAGGGACUUUUCUUUUUAAUUAUCAGCUUACAAAGUUACUGCAGCAAAAAAUAACUUCAUCCCAACAGUGAAGAAGCAACUCUGAAUACACAGCACUCAGCUGGGUAAAGCCCUUGUCUCUGGAAAUCUGCCAGCUUGUGAGCAUUAGGGAAAAACAAGAGUGUGUCCAGCCCUUUCUGGAAGUGUGGGUAUGAGGGCAUUUGUGGAGCCAAAAGGGCCAGGCCAGUCAGCUAAGGCUGUGAGCAGUGAAGUACAUCAGUGAAACCCUGCAGCACCGAGCAGGAGUGGGAACAGAGUGGUUUCACCCAGAACAGUCCAUCAGGAAAGUUGGUUGGGGACCUUCUACAGGAUCUUCCUCCUGGACCAUGUUUGGGAAGGAAGGUGACAGAUGGUGUCUCCUACAAACAGAAAAGCAUUGGAAAGCCGCAGAAGUGCAGCUGGAGGAAGAAUUAUAAACAGACAAACAAACAGGGAAUGACCUUCUCCCUCAUUAACUCUGAACACAAUUUCAAUAUUUUGACAAUAUUUUCAUCCCAAAUUGGAAGGAAAAUAGCAUGAAAUAGCACCAUUCUGUGGAGAAUUACUUUUCAAAUCCCAAACUACAUGAAAAUGCCUUCCUUCAGAGGAGUUUCACACAGAAGCAAAUCCACAGCCCUGUCAACACAGCUGUCAAAAACUUGUACCACAGUGCUUUAAUUACCAUAUAUUAGCCAACACAGGGGUCUGGGUGAGUGAAUGCUCUGUGCAUAGCACUACCAGGAACUACCUAUUCCAAAAGGAUAUUUUUGAUUUUUCAGAUCAUCACAGCUGUCUUUUUCUUCCAGGGAUGUGGGUGUUGGUUUUUUUUUUUUUUUUUGCAAUAUUAACAAAAGCUUCCUCAUAGUCACAGCAUUAUUUCACAACCUAUUUCUUUGUUUAUCCCUAAACCACAAUUGUACUAUUAACCUAAAUAAUACCAAAUGUUUUAAAAUACAAAAGCAGAACCAUGAAUUGAGGCUUUUACUGAGGUUGUAUUAGUGGAUGAAAUCAAAGCAGUGGAUGCACUCACUGCUAAGCAAUAUUAAUCAAUUAUUUAUUCCCAAGUACGUAUUUUUAAAGGGUAGUUUGUUAUUUUCAGAUUAGAAAGCACGCCAGGAAUUUUUCAGUUUGUAUUUUCCCUUGAUAUUGUCUCUAGGUGGAUUGUUAAAUCCCAGUAUGAAUUUUUACAUUAAUAAUAAUAUUGCAGCUCUGUGACUGGUGGGUUUUGUGUACGCAAAGAUCUGUUGUCUUAGAGUAUACAAAUCUGGUGUUGGAAGGUGCGUUUGAAGUGUUAAAUAGUUCACAGUUUGUGAUACAAAUGUAUGUUUCCAACGUGAAUUGUUAGUUUCUGUUCUGUAACCCUGUAACCUGCUGGAAACACCACCUGCAACUCAGCUCCAGAGAGCAGCUUGGAACUGCCCUGCUCGGAAACAUGCAGGAUGUUGUAGCUAUAAAUAAAAACAUUCUCCUAUGGUACCUCA